UCAAAAUUUCUAAAAACCAUUGAAAAAAAAUCAACCCAAAAGUUCCGACCGUCACAUUUCCCCUUUAAAUCUGAUACGCGUCUUAUCAAUCCCACAGGCUCAGACAGUAACGCCGAAUGAAAAAUUGGACUGCGAAAUAUGUGGGGGUUCUUCCGGUACUGCCUGUUUCGGACCUGGCGCACCAGCCGUUAAUAUACCGACUGAAUCGGAUGUCUCACCCCCGUCUCUUCCAUCCAAGGAGUGCGAAGAUUUUCAGUAUUGUAGAAAAUUAUUCAACGUUCUACGCCCAGAGUUUCCCAACGCAUCUGAAAUUAUCGAGAGAUCGGCCUGCAUCGAUAACCCGCCUCAUGUCGGUUGUAAACUCACCCCUUAUAAUUCUACCCACAACGGAACCUUGGAUUGCUACUGUAACGAAAUGCUGGGUUCUUUCAUGAAAUUCCCUGUCCCUCCCCCCAUAAAAGUCACGGUGGAAGAUGGAGGAUUUUGCAACGGUCGGCUGUCAUGCUACCAAUGUUUUGACUGUCUCCUGCCCGAGAAUCCGGCGUUCUGCAUCCGACCAAACACGUCCUUAGAAAUGGAGCUGCAUCUCGGUCGAAUCUCAUUCUGCACAGUAGAGGUGAGAGAGGGGGUCGUUCGCCGUGGGUGUGGUUUUGACCCAGUAGAAUUCCCGGAAGUAUGGUGGCCAGACUGCACCUUCACCAACUGGGAUCACCUCAACAGUCAGUGCAAGUGCUACGGGCAGAUGUGCAACGACAAGUUUUUCUAUCGUAACCUCAACCUGGGGGAUGAGAUAAUUGGUAAAUUAUCGAAAUUCCUCCCCACCCCACGGUCCAUCCCGACCACGUUGACGAAUCCGCCCGAAGGGGUCAUUCUAUGCCAUUUGUGCGAUAUCGAAGCUAAGGGAGCAUUGGCAGAAUCUUGUUACCGUCCACCAACAAAGGAUGAUAUUCAGAACAAAAAUCGUACCGUGAUCUCGUGCGAUACAUCCGCAGGGGAGUCGUGUUUUAAGGAAUACAAAUUCUCGCCAACCAAUACCUCCAAAAUCUUUCAAGCAUACCGGAUUCAAAAGAAGGGAUGUCGCCAAGCUAACGAGACCGGCUUCAAACCACUCACCCGAUUCGAAGCCGAGCGUGGCUGUGUUUUAAAUUCAGGGCCUGGAGGGACCAUUUCCUGCAACUGUGUUUCCAACCUGUGCAACGUUUACACAAAGUGUCAUCAAUGUUUUGGAAGUUUGGGCAAAUGCGACUCAACCCGCAUAGACUACAGAAUACCAGGAACGGAUUGCGUCAAUGAGUUUCUCCGGCCUAGAGAACGUCUCUCGACAUCGUCACGAAACGAGAUCGGGGUUGCCCACAUGUGUUCAAUGCUGUUGUCGGAACAAGUUGUGAGUCGAGUGUGUACACCGAUCAUGGACUUUGGAACAGGUUUGGGCUCCUUGUACUUCUUGACGGAACAACCUGCGACGUUUGAGUUACCUUGGUAUGUCCCGGCGCCAUGCAAUAGAUGGGGAAAAGGUGGCUUCGAGAGGUGGGACUGGUCGUACUUCGAGUGUACGUGCUGGGCGCAUGGUUGUAAUUCCAGAGAGAUUCUCGGAGUCAGGGGGCGCACGGAUAGUAAAAAGGUGCAGAGGGAGUUGAAUGCCCCCCCGAAAAAGUCAAAAUACUCAGCACAGCCUUUUUAGUGAUGGGGACACGUAAUAAAAUCUAGUUGUUUUAGUCAACAUUGUAGCAUAUUCUUUUAAAACUUAAAAUAAAGAUUUUACCCAAUCACAAAGCGUUUUCCAAACUGUUUGUCUUCUAACUUUUCCUAAAUUAAUGCAAGGAAUAAAACAUAAUGAAUAUAACCAACUAAUGGUCUCGAAAAAAGU